AUGUCUAUAUCUCGGGACUCUCUGAUCGAGGAGCGAGUAGCUCAACUACAGGAGAUCCGCCAACGUAGGAAUGAACUCGUGAAGGAGAUGUACACGCUACUGCAGAAGAGGAAUGAACAUGACGUUGAGCUGGAUUCUGAGCAUGGCGUAUUCGACGGUGAGAUGGACGUCGUUGAAUAUCCAGAGUUCAGUCAUAUCAAGGACUUGCUUCUUUUACUACCGGAUGAUACUGCGUCCCAUACUCCUGGCUCUCGUAGAUCAAGUCCUCAGGCAGCUUCUCGCGAAAGCACUCCCGCACCUUCUCGUGCCAGCCCUCAGACAGAUGAACUAGCCCAGCCCCUCGAAUCUUCAAUGUCUGAACCACCAGUCUCACCACCAACUCAAGUGAUCGAAGAACUAGAUCCCCAACUCGCUGAGAGUCAACCCGAGCCAAUGGAGGUCGACGAGACCGAACAAGUAACCCUUGAGACGGAACCACACGUAUCAUCUCCGUCUCCCAUGCCUCAAGACACCUCUUCCCCACGGCAUCGUUCUAGAUCGACUACAUCGCCUAUGCAACCAGACAAGCAGCUCACACCGAAGUCACGCGAUUCGAAGUCGCGGAGUCCGUCCGCUCAAGAACGGCCAGAAGUCCCUCCUUCCGCUCCGGUUGAAGAGGUCAUGGACUAUCAGCUCGAAUUUCAACCAACUGUCAUCGUUAGCGAAGAUCUUGAGGUGCAACCAACUACUGUGAUGACCAAAAUUGAGGAUACCUCGGAAGAUAUUGCAAUGGAUAUAUUGCCAUAUAAUCCGCCCUUGCCGAUUGCCCGCAUCGAAUCAGAGCAUUCUAUAUCUGAAUACGUUCUAGAAGCCAAAGUCGCUCCCGAUCCGCCACCGCUAACAUUUAAAUUCAAGGGUGAACCAGCAACCGAAGAAGAGAAGACCAUAGCGCCAGUCCAGACUCUCUACAAGCAGCCAACGUACGCGUUGCCACUUCUGAAGCAGCUUCCACCGGAGUUUCACCGGAAAGGGAAGCAACGCCAGUCAAGAAAGCGCGACAAAGAGAAGAGCGAGAGCAAAGCAUCCCAAGAGUGGAGUCCGUUGGGUCUCAAUAGGUGGUCGGCUAUCCUCCGUGCCAAUCCCAUCCACAAGAAAGUGUCGAAGGCGACUAAAUGUCUCAGUACCCGCGAAUGGAACGUAGCUGUGACUGAACUCAAGCUCAUCAAAGCCUUCGACCGUAUUGACGCACUCAUUGACGCGGGUCGAUGGAGUUUCAGACAGCCGAAGAAACAAAGAGGCGUCGGAGGCCUCAUGAAGACUCACUGGGACUAUCUACUGGAUGAGAUGGUAGAUGCUGAAUUCACGGCUACACUCCAGCACGCUAAUAUGGAACGCAAAUGGAAGAUGGCGUUGGCGUACAGCCUCGCCCAUGCUGUGCUGGAAUGGCACGAGGCUGGCACCCUCGAGGAGCGAGUUCGCCACGGGAUCUGCGUCCUUUGGAAGAGGCCGCGUGACACGGAAACGCAAGAGGCGGGUGUGCCCUUGGAAGGCUCCGACUUCCACGCCUUUGUGCCGCAGGAGGAUCAGGAACAGAGUGGCACGGCGUCCAAGUCACAGUCUACACCUAACGCUGACAACUCCGACGAAGACUCCGACGAGGAGCAGGAGAGGGAAAAACAGGACGUUAUCGACGCUCUGGAUCCUGCUAUUGCUCUGCGCGAGGCCUUCGAGGAUGCCGAAUUGCAGCUUGAUAGUCAGCAAUCGCAAUCGCAAUCGCAAGAUAUACAGCCUAAGAUGGAGUAUUUCGAAGACAGCUCAGCGCUGCAACGAGAAAGCAGUACAGUCCCUAUGGAACACGAUGACGCUGGUCCAGAUAACGCCCCUACGACUGCUACAAAGGCUGAAGCGGCUGAAUCAUCUGCCCUGAAGACAUCUUCCGAUGAUCCGAUACUUGGCUCGCAGAACGACGAGGCGGCCUCUAGUUCCAAACCCAGGUCAAAGACCACCAGCGUAUACGCGCCCCUUCGGGAACAGAUUAUCUUCUCUGAACCAGAAACGCUUUUUCUCGACCUCGAUGGCUUCGACAUCGUCCAGGGCAUGACUUCAUUGUCGACCGAUGAUAUGUCUGCACCCCCGCCAAUGCCCGACCUCUCCGAGAUUUUCCCCGACAUGCAGACGUUCGGAUUGCUUGAUGUACCUCCUACCACCGGUGCCGAUGGUAAGAAGAAGUCAGGACGAUCAGACAGGGACGAUCCGAACAAGAGGGCUGAAGAUACGACGUACAUGAAGGUGAUGCCUGCAAACGAGUUCAUGCAUCACAAGGCGACCCUUGUUGGACCGCUACAGCCGUCAAAGCACUGGGAUGACGAGCAGUGGCACGAUCUCGAUGAGACGGCCGUUGUCGUCGAGUUUGAGUCCUCUUCAGCACGCCCUGUAGAUGAGAGCAUGUCGUCCUCGCUGUUCGACAGCGUCAAAUCUUCCCCAUCCUCAACGCCCAUUUCACUGCCUCCGUUCAAGGAUUUGCGCCGACCGUUCAGCCAGUCGCUUUUGGAGACCAGUCGCAAUCCGGCCAGUAUGCAGCGCUCCAACAAGCCGUCGGACCUCGCAUGGACUCCGCAUGAUGACGCUGUCCUCAAGCCACUAGUCGAAAGGCACCCGAACAAUUGGAUCCUUAUUGCGGAAUCCUUCAACUCCUUGCGCGUCACGACAUCCAUCGACAAACGAACGCCAUUCGACUGCUUCGAUCGGUGGCGCACGCGCUUCGGCCCCCCUCCGAACGAAGACGAACAUCGUCCACCGCCUCAGACACCGACGACUCCGAUGACUACUCGGGGAACGAAGCGAUCGUUAAGCACGAGUGUGGCACCCACGGCCGCGAACUCUGCCGCGGCACCGACCGAGUCCAAAAAGAAGCGACGCCACAACCUCAUGUACGAUACUAUUCGCAAGGCAGCGAAGAAGCGAGAGCAAGCACAGAAGGCAAACGCCAACAACAGGAAGCCAACCACGAUUCAUGAUACUCACGGACAAUACAACAAGAUGCCGAAGCUCACGCCUGCCGAGCUCAGUCGUAUGAAAGCAGACGCGGAUGCGCGUGAGCAACAAAUGCAGCGAAAACGGCAAGACGAUUUGCGGACGCAACAGCAGGCGCUGGCGCAGCAACAACAGCAACAGCAACAGCAGCAGCAACAUGCGAGAAUGCAGCAGAUCCCGAAUAUGGCCGUUCAGAACCCGGGUAUGCGUACGCCCAAUGGACAUCCAGGUGCUCAAGGAAUGCCGCAAAUCAGGCAGCAGGUCAAUAUUUCAGGACAGCAACAAAGGUUAUCGAACCCCCUGCUUGGCCAAACACGCAUCGCGUCAUCACAGUUGAUGCAAGCCCAGGCGGCUCAGGUUCAGGCUCAAGCCCGCGCAAUUGCGGCGGCGCAAGCUCAGGUUCAGGCGCAAGGGCAGGCGCACCCAAACAUCGCGAACAGCCUUGCAGCGGGUGCGGCACCAGCGUUGACCGCGCACCUCACACCGAACUACAAUGCGGCACGAGCGAACAGCACCUCGCCUGGGCUCCCCCAACAAUCGCCGCCGCUCUCACAAGCUGCAGCUGCCAACGCAACAUCGCCCCGCCCGCCAUCGGCACAGGCGUUGGCAGGCCGGUCGCCUCAAGUGCAGGGCUCAAUCGCGUCGUCGGCACAGCGGAAUGCUCCUACUAUGGCGCACUACUAUCCGAACAUACAGACCGCGCACCUGACGCCGGAGCAGCUCCAGCAUGCGAUGCAAAUACAGACACUGUAUUCCCAGCGACAAGCAUUGCAACAGCAGGCGGCACAACAACAAGUCCAGCAGCAACAAAACGGCAGCUACUCGAUGUCGUAG